AUGUUUUUCUUUGAGGAGGAGCGGUACAUUCAUGAGGACUUGGAGCGCAUCGAGCAGGGCAUCGCCGACCGUGUUCGCGACGAUCCGAACCACAUUCGCAACAUCCUCAACAGAGAUCACGAGGUUGCGCAGCUCCUGCAGCAGAUUGAGCAGCAGGCGACUAAUCUUCAAGCCAUUCUCAGCGACGGCUCCGGAACGGUAUCGCGAGACCUUGAGCUCUUGACUACUGGCGACCCCUUUAGCCAGUUUUACACCCAGCUUGGCGAGCUGCGCGAGCACUCCUCUCGAUACCCCAAUGAGCAAGCAGAGAAUUCGGAACUGCGUUACAAGGCAAAGCUCGUUGCCGAUGGCACGGUGGCGCCGUCGAUCGUCGACACCCUUUUUUCCGGCGAGGAAGCAUAUGGUCGGUUUUUCGACUUGACCGUCUGCCACGAGACCUUUCUGAAUCUCCCACACGUCAAGCGACUCACGUAUCUGCAAUACUUGGAAGACUUUGACAAUUUCAAAGCCGGACACGGCGGCCUGAAGAGGGCAGACAAGCUCACGGACCAGUACUUCCAGUAUGUGGGCGACCUCGCCGAGUACCUGACCUCGUUCCGUAAGCGGACGAAACCCUUGGAGAACAUGCAAAAGCUUCUCGCCGAGUUUGACGAAGAGUUCGACACUGCAUGGGAGAAGGACGAAGUUCAGGACUGGCGGGCGGAUGGCACAUCAGUAAAAGGCGCCAACAGCCUGAGCAGUCCCGACGCCGUAUGGUGCGACGAUUGCGAGAAGGAAUUCAAGAACGAAAACGUCUUCAAAGGCCACCUGAACGGUAGGAAGCAUGUCAAGGCGGCCGAGAGCAGAAAACAGCGGGGAUCGGGUGGUGGUGAUGACCAGGACGGUGCUUCCAAGGAGACAACCGUUUCGGCAAAACGCAUCAAGGAACGCGCGAUAGCGAGGCGCGAGCACCGGGUCAAGAAACUGGCCAACUCCAUGAGCACGGAGCGCAGCGACACACGGGUUAACGUGGAACGCAAGCAAGGAAUGACGGAGCGCGAACGGCGGCAAGAACUUGAAAACCUCCUCAAUGUAUCCGAGGUACCCUCCCAGGCAGCCAAGGAGGGAGAGCAGGACGGCGAAGACGGCGAGGAGAGAAUCUACAACCCUCUCAAGCUGCCACUGGCGUGGGACGGCAAGCCGAUCCCAUUCUGGUUGUACCGACUCCAUGGCCUCGGCGUCGAGUUCAAUUGCGAAGUCUGCGGCAACUUUGUGUACAUGGGACGGCGAGCCUUCGACAAGCACUUCAGCGAGCCCCGGCACAUCUACGGUCUCAAGUGUUUGGGCAUCACAAACGUGAUCUUGUUCAGAGAUAUUACGAAGAUCGAGGAGGCUCUGAGGCUUUGGGACCGGAUUCAGAAAGAGCAGAAGAAGUCGAGGGUGGACGACGGAAGCGUGGUGCAGAUGGAGGACGGCGAGGGCAAUGUCAUGCCAGAAAAGGUCUACAUGGAUCUGCAGAAGCAGGGCUUGUUUCAUGCUUCCAACUUCCUCCACCACGCGCGUUUGCAUUCAUGCCGAGGACGUCACCACCAAGGACGAAUCGCGAAGCAAACGACGACAUGGCGCAACGGUAGUAUGACGCAUGUAUCAAAACCUCUACCAGCAUUGUACGCAGUUUACGUCCUUCGCUCGACAGUGAGACACGCAUCGCUUUACAUUGGCUCAACUCCGAAUCCACCUCGGCGAUUGAAGCAGCACAAUGGCGAGUCCAAAGGCGGCGCUUCCCGCACAUCGCGACAAAAGCUACGGCCGUGGGAGAUGAUUACCCUCGUCUCUGGGUUUCCUAGUCAGGUUGCGGCGCUCAAGUUUGAAUGGGCGCUCACCAAUCCGCACUUGUCGCUGCACAUCCCGGAUGAGUCGCGUCAAACCAUCUCGACGCAGAAGAAGAAGAACGGGAUGCCAAGACGACCUCUCCAUAGCCUCAAAUCCAUCAUGUCGAACCUCCACCUCCUCACGGGAGUACCGAGCUUCUCGAGAUGGCCUCUGAACCUGCAUUUCCUCGCGCGUGAGGCGUACGCAGCUUGGGAAAGGACACAGUCGUCUAGCACCGAUGAUCGGUCUGGGCUGCCGAUUAUGAAAGAUUUUGAUCCUCCAUCAACAGGCGCCGCCAUGACGUCGGAUGAAUCGAGGGGCAUAUAUGGGCUGCCACUCGACUACAAGCCAAUGAAGGCCUACGUCGAAAAGGUUCACGAUGUGGUUUCGUUCGAGCAGGAAGGCACGUGCUUGCAUUGCGACGAAGCACUCCAUUCCGGCAAAGGACUAUACGGCAUGUGCCCCAACGAGGGGUGCACGUCGAUGGGGCAUCUCGAUUGUUGGAGCGCACACGCCUUGGCUGGCCAAGGUGAUGGUCAUCUGAUUCCCGAUUUCUGCACGUGUCCAUCUUGUGGAGGCGACAUACGAUGGGGCGACAUGGUCAAGGAACUGACUCUUCGCAUACGAGGCGGCACUGAGGUGAAAAAGCUGCUCAAGAAGACUCGGGUCAAGACAACGGUGGCGGCGACGGCGGCGACGACGACGACGAUAACAACGACUUCAUGA